CAAGGAUACACCAACCUAGUGAAUGCCCUGUUCAGAGAAUAUCCACACAUUGGAGACCCUAAAUGUUGGAGGAUGUCCCUUCGUACCAAGAUGAAAAAUAUUCGAAUGCCAUUAGAACUGAAUAAUGUGCAAUUCCUUAAAAAAAAAUUUGGUUGCCUAGGGACAGGAGGUCGUAAGAGGGUUGCAGAAACAGUGGAUGAAGAAAGAGAGGCCUGUAAGAAAAGACAGAAACUUAAGAUUGAUUUAGAAGGUCCUGGGGAUGAUGAAGUGACUACACUCAGCCACAUAGAUAUUUUAAAGGCUGAAUAUAAAAAAGGAUCACCUGAUCUUGCUAUGAUUGCAAGAAAAAUGGAGAGGACAUUUGCCUUCAGAUGGAAGAAGAUCAAUGAUCCAAAUUUGUCUGUGGAAGACAUCCUCUUAGAUUUUCCUGCUCUAAGGGAAAGAAAUUUUCUUGCAGGGGAAGCUGAACGCCAUGGUAUUUUCAAGCCUCUUUGGAAUACCUACCUCAAGUUACAGACGUCAUUGAUCGAGUUAAUGAAGUAUGCAAAGUGCCGCUCCAAAAACUACAAAAGACACUACUCAGAGUAUCAAGAAGGCAUGGAUAGCACUUUGGAUGAAGAUCAGAGAACUGAUUUCUGCGUACGGUUUGCUUUGCAGCUUCUGCCAUCACUCUUUAAAGAGAAUGAAGAAUAUCUUCUAGUUCAUUCACAAGAGGAAAUAAAAUCUCCAGCCCCAGUCCUCACCUUUCAAGGAGGAGAAUAUCAGCUUCACAUCAAUGGCAGCUCUGUUUUUUCUAGGCAAAACUCCAAGUUUACAAAUGCUUUUGAAUGUAUGUUUCAGUCAUAUUUUGUAUUUUCAUUGGAAUAUCCAAAACCAAUUGAAAAAACUUUGUUAUUCUUGGAAUCAUAUAUAUUUCAACAUAACUGCAAAUUACCCUCUUCUGUUUGUACAUGGGCAAAAAAAAUUGGCAUGGCAUAAUAAUGAGUCUACAUGUGGUUGCUUUUCCUUAUGUUAUGAAUUUAAAAUAGAUGAUAAUAUGCAUAUUAUACUGACUUUGUUUUUUGUAAAUGAAAACUACUGAGAUGGCAAUUUUUCUGUCCGUCCGCGCUUUUCCUGUCUGCCCUCAGAUCUUGAAAACUACUGAGGCUAGAGGGCUGCAAAUUAGUAUGCUCAUCAUACAGCCUCCAAUCAUCAAAUAUACUAAAUUGCUGUCCUCUAGCCUCAGUAUAUAUUAUAACUGAGAAUGUUUAAUCAAGUGACUUUUGGCAACAAUGUAAACUUGCUUCAAAAU